AAUCUGGAGACACGGUAGUGUCUCGGCGUUAAGAUUGUAUUGACUUAGCAAAUCAGCGGAAUAUACUGAGGGACGCAUCGAUGCCGAAAUACUAUUGUGACUAUUGCGACACUUAUUUGACACAUGACUCGCCGAGCGUGCGGAAGACCCAUUGCCAGGGUCGCAAGCACAAGGAUAACGUCAAGUAUUUCUAUCAGAAAUGGAUGGAGGAACAGGCCCAGCAUUUGAUCGACGCGACAACGGCUGCUUUCAAGGCCGGUAAGAUCGCCUCCAACCCUUUCGCGGCCAACAAAGGUGCGGCAAUACCACCGCCACCGAACCUCGGCUCCAACCUUGGCUCGAGAUCUGGAGUACCACCUCAGGGACCCCCAGGAAUGAUGCCACCGCCGGGUAUGCAUCCAGCUGGUCCGAUGGGUCCAGGAGGCCCGAUGAUGAUGGGACCACAUGGACCAAUGCCACCUCCUAUGAUGGGCAUGAGACCGCCUAUGAUGGGACCGAUGGGGCCAAUGGGUCCUAUGAUGGGUCCUAUAGGCCCUAUGGGACACAUGAGACCACCGAUGAACGGACCACCACCUCCAAUGGUUGGCCCACCGCCAAUGAAAAAAUAACAUUUAGACUAAAGACUUUUAUUUCUCAUGUGUUAUAUUGGAUAUAAUUAAAGCAAAACCAAACUUUAUUGUAAAUGUGCUUAUUAGAGUGUCAUCAACACUAAAUUACGUAUAUUGUAUAUUUAAGAAUUCUGUACAA